AUGGCAGAUAAAAAGGAAGGAGGCAUCGUGAAGAUAGGUCAAGUGGAAGGAAUGAAAAUGGCAGUUUCCAUUUUGAUGGAGUUCGAGCUUCCUGAAGGGCUUCUCCCUUUGGCUAACGUUGUUGAAGUGGGUUACGUGAAGGAGACUGGGUACAUGUGGAUUGUGCAAGAGAAGAAGGUGGAGCAUGAGUUCAAGAUGAUCAGCAAGUUGGUGAGUUAUGACACUGACAUCAAUGGCAUUGUGGAGAAGAAAAGGAUCAAGAAACUCAAGGGAGUCAAGGCCAAGGAGUUGAUGUUAUGGGCGCCUGUGAGUGAGAUCACCAUUGAUGAUAAACAACCAGAAAAGAUCCAUUUCAAGAGUCUUGCUGGCAUCACCAAGACUUUCCCUGUCGAGGCUUUUGCUGCUGGCCAGUGA